GUCCCAUACCAAUUCCUAUAAUUGGAACUUAUCAUAGAAUAGGAACAACUCCUUAUACAUGGUAUAUUAAAAAUACUGAAAAGGCAGGCACAAUCUGGGAAUUCUAUAUUGGUAAUAAGCGACAAAUAGUGGUCAAUCAUGCAAAAUAUCUUGAAAAGAUUUAUAAACCAA